AUGCUUCCCCCUUCAAUAGGAUCGAUACCCGAAGUUAGGGAGGAAUAUCCGGGUUCCUGUCUUACUGAGCGUACCGCCCGCUUACUUCAAUUCAUAGAAUUGGGACCACCUGAUUUGUGUAAUAUAUACAAGCAUUCAAUCAACGCCAAAAGAGAACAUGGAGAGAUUGGUACAUUUCUAUAUUUUGUUGGGGUCGAUACAUCUUCAAUAGCUUCAAUCGCGGCACAUUUGCAAAGCUUGGCCAAUUUAAUGACUUCAAAGUCACAAUACUGGUUUGGUGAAAAGAAACAUUGGAAAGUGCCCCAAUUGACAUAUUGUACGUUCAACGCCUUCAGCAAGACUGACAUCAGAGUCACUGUUCAUAUUCCAGGUAAGUUCGGAAUACAAAUAUUGAACCAAGACGGUAAAAUGAUUCAAGAUAACUUGAAUGAUAAACAAUUGGAAAAGUUGUGGUUGGAAACUUUUGUCACCUCCAUUACUCGUGCUGUUUUGGAAAGUGAAGAUAAUGAAGAUGCCAAUAAAUUAGGAGGCGUUGUUGAAAUUAGAAAGAUUAACCCAUUCAACAAUGGGAGUGCUUCAAAGGAGUUGUUGAACAAUUUUUUCAUUGGUUUCGAGCAAUUGUUCUUUCAAGGAACUAAAUUGGGAUGCAGUGUUGAAUUUCCACAACCAACUGCCGUAAACAACUACCUUGUUGAUGGGUUUUUGAAAGUUGUUGAGUUGACACAAAGUUAUAGCCGAGGAUUGGAAAUCUUGGAGAGAUUAUACAAAACCGAGCCUGGUGUAAUUUCCAUCAUUGCAAAACUUCAGUUAUUGAAACAGGAUGAAAUUCAAGCGGUGAAAACCAUGUACAAGGGGAUUCAAGAUAACAAGAGGGAUGCAAAUACGUUGGUAUUGCAAGCUGAAUAUUGCUUGGAUAAAAAGAAGCCAGAAUUAGCUUUAGAGUUGGCAAAACAAGCCGUCAAGUCGUCUCCAUCUGAUUAUUUUACUUGGUCAGUUUUGGUUAAAUGUUACACUAAAUUGGGUGACUUUGAAAAUGCUUUACUAACAUUGAACUCGUGUCCCAUGAAUUCUCACAAGGAGAGAUAUCAGUUAAAGAGAGUUGUUCCCAUCAAGACUCAUGACGAGUUGCACUUGCCAUCGCCAAUGGAUGUCACGUUGGAUGAGGUUUCCAAUUUGCAAAGUAAUGAUAUCAGUUACGAGCAUAGAAAUUUGGAUCCCCAAUUGGCAAACUUGCCUGCAACAAAUUUGAAAUCCACAUAUGCUAAAGCUUAUGACUUGUUGACUGAAAUUGUUGCCAAAACAGGCUGGGAGCAGUUGUUGAAAUAUCGUGCCAAAGUUUUUGUUAUGGAAGAAGAAUACAGAAAGGAUAAGAAGGGGACAGCCAAUGGGCACAUUCGCAAAAAUUCGACCCAAUCUUCGGUCACCGUUAAUGACAGCACCGCUGCAGCUACACCUUCAAUCACUGAAAGCGAUGUUGAGUCAACUACUGCGAUCAAGUCACCAACUCAAAAGCCUAUGGAUGCAGCAACUUCAGUUGCUCCAGCUUCCGUUGCACCUGAAGCUCCUACUGUCGAUGAUGAUACCGAUUAUGAUGAAGAGUUUAAGAAAAAAAGGUUGUGCGAGAGGUGGUUGGACAAUUUGUUUAUGCUCUUGUAUGAAGACUUGAGAGCAUUCACUAUGUGGCAAGCUGAAUCCUUGCAUUUCCAAGCUCAACAAAUGGAAUACAAAAAGACAACUUUAGAAUGGGAAAUCCUUGGUCUGAUAGCAUACAGAUUGAAGCAUUUCAAAGAAGGGGCAGUUGCGUUUUCAAAUGCGUUAAGUGGGCGGUUUUCAGCCAAAUCACAGCGUGAAAUGCUCAAGUAUUAUUUAAAGGAGCAUUCUAGACUUGUAACGAAAAACACUUCUUCAUUUAGUGGUAAUCCCAGUUUUAUUCAAAAUUACUCCAAAAUGAUGAAUCAGCUAAAUGAAAAGAUAUUGGAAAGUAUAGUUCGGUUAUUGGUGUGGAACCAUCGAUGGUAUUCUGACUUCUCACCAUUCUUGCUUUUAAGUUUGAGUGACUUGGUUGCUUGGGAAGGAUCGGUCAAGAUUGAAAGUUCAGUCAAGGCAUUGUACAGUGAAAUCAAAUUGCCAGGUGGUGCAAGCAAAGACGGGUCCGGUAAGGACCACAAAGAGGACCAUUUCAGCAAUCAUGGAGUGAUUGAAAUGAUGAAAGAUUUAAACGAUGAUUAUAUCAAAUUGUACAAUCUAAAUAACGCCGACGAGUAA